UACACCGAAGAAGAAUGGGAUGAAUAAUUUGAUAGAGAGUGAAGAUGCAUCACCGCCACCAAUCCCUAAUUUGAGAUUGGAGGCAAAGUUGACAGCUGAUGUUAGUGAUUAUGCUUUCUACUUUUUUUGGGAAGUUUUAGUAUGGUUUUUGUUUACCAUUGUACUAACUCUGGGAAGCUUGCAUUAGCAGUUUGUUGGCUAUUUCUUUUUUCUUUUUUACGGGUUGAUGUUGAUGGAGAACGUUGUGUUAGAUGUUGAAGAGCAGAUAUCAUGUUCCAAUGCUGAAAGAUUUAGUGGUAAUGCAGUAAUAUAAAAAUAGUUCCAACAAAUUAAAAGAAAAAAGUCCAUGGUAGAAUAUUAGUUUGUGUUUAGGGUUUUUUUAGAAACACUGGGAUGCGUAAAAAUCAGGAUUCGGGAAAGAAUAUAAUCGAACAUAGUUACUGGUGGUUGGUGAUUCUAAUUUACUGAAAGGAAGAUGCUAGGGUAACAAUAGGUGAUGAAGGUCAUAUGCUGUUCGGUUGGAGGUAGUUGAUGAUGUGGCAUAGCUUGUGAUGAAGCUCUUGGAGCUUAAAUAAUGCCCAGCAUGAUGUCAUUGGGCAGGAUGUGCCUAAUUAUGAGACUAGGCCGGAUGAUAGGCAACCUUCACUAUUACAGCCUAGUGAAGAUCUUAUUUCUCUCCCAAUUUCCUGGACCACAAUUAAUGUGGAGAGACUGCUAGGGUUUUCCUUGCAACACAGGAAGCUGCUAUUUUCCUUUUUAUUUUUUUCAGAAACUCAUCUGCCCCAUUCCCCCAUCCAAAAAGGAAAAUUCACGAAUGUUUGCCGGAAGGCAAAUUCAUCCAUUUUUCACAUCAUUGAAAGCGGGAAAAAAGAGCCAGGAGACUGCUGAAUUAGGGGAAAAUGGUUGCUUGUUUGACAGAAGUAACAAAGGCAUUAAUAUUGGUCCUAUUCAUGUAUUUGAAAGAACUCAGAAUGAUGUAGUUCUUGAUUGGCAAGGUUGGACUUUUUUUGAGAAAACCUCCAUUGAUACGGAUUGCAAUCUUGAAGGCCUAUUCACAUCCGUUUUUGAAAGUUGUGUCGGGGCAUUAUGUCUUGGCAACUUUCCUGGUGUUUCACAUUUCUCUGAUGCAUCAUUUGUUCAAAACAAGUUGUCAGAUCAAUGCAUUAUUCAAGAUAAUGGCUUACUUGGGACAUCAAUGGCAGUACCUGCUCUGCUAGUAGAUGAGCAAUUGAAAAGUUAUCAGCAGUUAAAGGGCUCAGAAGGGGCUGAUAAUGUGGAAAGUUCAGAGUUUGAACAACAGAGUAGACUACUUAAAGAAAGUGGUUGCGGAUUUGUGCCAUGUUAUCAUGGCUGCAGUAUCCAGCUUGAUAAUAGCUUAUGGACUGAUAAAUACCAGCCAAAAAAUGCCAGAGAGGUGUGUGGCAAUGCUGAAUCGGUGAAGUUUAUGAGUGAAUGGUUGCAUCUCUGGCGUGAGAGAAGUUUUCAAGCAAUCAAAGUCUUCAAUAACAAUGGUAAAAGCAACAUGCAGGAAGAUGAUGAUGAUUUUUGCGAAAGUGAUUUUGAUUCAGAAAACACAGAUGGAGGGGAUAGCCUGAAGAAUGUUCUCUUAGUUACUGGACCAAUUGGGAGUGGGAAGUCUGCGGCUAUCCAUGCUUGUGCAAAGGAACAAGGAUUUAAAGUUCUGGAGUCCAAUGCAUCAGACUGUCGAAAUGGAGCUGUUGUGAAGCAAAAAUUUGGAGAGGCGUUAAAAUCACACUGCCUUACAGGGUCGCUAGAAAAUCCUGUAGAUUCACUUAGCAAGCAUGUGAUGAAAUUUGCAGGACCUUUAUCUAAUAGUGAAGCAGUGCAACAAUUUGAUAAUGAGGUGAUACCAAUAUCCGAUGAGGAAGAUCCAUUUGGUGCCCAUGGAGCCUCUGGAAAACGUGUCUGUAAUGAUAGUGAGACUGGCAUUGGUCAAGCUAAAGCUAAAGCUUUGAUUCUCUUCGAGGAUGUAGAUAUCAGUUUUCCUGAAGAUCGUGGUUUUGCUGCUGCUGUAAAGCAAAUUGCUGAAAAAGCAAAAGGGCCUGUGAUACUGACUAGUAAUAGUAACAAUCUUGUUCUGCCGGACAACUUGGACAGGCUAGAGUUAUGUUUCACAAUGCCAUCACAAGAAGAGCUGCUUCACUAUAUUUAUAUGGUCUGUGCAGCAGAGAAAGCCACCAUUCAACCACAUUUGCUAGAGCAAUUAAUUAAAUGUUGUAAAGGUGAUAUCCGGAAAACCAUCAUGCAUCUCCAGUUUUGGUGCCAGAGCAAACAAUAUCAAAAAGAUGAGGACUUUAAUAAACAACCUUCUGUAGUUUCAGACAAGAAUGUCAACCGUGAAUUAUUCAUCGAAAAAGAUUGCAGACUACUUUCUCAUUGUUCAAAUUGCAUAAGGCCAUUAAUAGAUGAGCUACUUUGUUCUGAAGUGGAGAAACAUAAGGACAGGGGCUUCCAAGGCUUGGAAACAGAAAAUAAUUUACAAGUGGAAACUUGCAAUUCUGUGGAUGUGUCGUAUGUUCCUGAGACUGAAAUUGGUGAUGGAAUGGAGCUGUCUUCUACAGCUGUGUCUAAUGUAAAUGUUGCUGAAACAAUGGAAGUUUCAGUGAGUUGCAAGUUCACAGAGGACCUUUUGCCAGUUGAAUCAAAUGACCCUGGUAAAUUUAUACAUAAAUUAGUUAAAACUUCAGAGAUGUUAGGCGGCACAUGCAGUAUUACUGCAGAAGCAUCUCCUGAAGAGGUGGUGGAGCAUUCUCAAAAUGAGUAUGAUGAGGUUGUAUCAAGUGGGCAUCCAGUGAUGGAUGAAUGCGGCUGCAUGAAUUUCAACAAAAGAUCCUUUUCCUUGGGGAAAUUUAAUAACCAGGGGGUGACUGAUUUAGUACAAGAAUCAUGGAAAAAACUUCGUGACAGUCAUGCUGAUAUAAAACAUUAUGCUGAGUUAGAGCCAAUAGAUGCUCUUAAAAUUUUAAAACUUACUUCUAGAAUGAGUGAUCUAAUUUCACAAGCUGACCAAUUGCUUUCCAAGUGCCAGAUGCAAGAUUCUUUGGAGCUGUUAAUGCUCCCUUCUGAGAAUUCAGAUGCAUUUAGCUGGUGUGAUGAACAGCUGCAGAUGGCUAACACAGUUUCACAACAUGGAUUUUGCUUGUAUGCUAAAGAAAUUGAUACUAUAGGAUCAAACAUGGGUUUUGAGCUUAGGGUGGAUUUGAGCCAGGAGAUGCUGGCUUCCUCAACUAGUACAAUGGUACUCGGUAGAUUGUUUGGACAUGAUGCUAGAGCAAGCAGGAAUUCAGUUGAUGGAAAGGUUUUGGACAUGAGCCCAUCAAACCAUGAGCUAGCCGUGAAAAGGGAUGUAAAAUCAUGUCUUUUCAACAUCAUUAGGUCUAUAGUCCCUUCAAGAUUAUACUUGGCACUGAACAGUGCUGCAUUCCAUGAAUAUAUUUCUACGUUGGGGUGUAUUUCAAGAUCGGAAGCUUCCCGCUUAUCAGCAGGCAUGGGCUUCACAAAGAGACGGAGGACACGAGGUGCCCGGCAUUACUUGAGUACUGGUAGACUAAUGUUGUCACCUGAAGAUAUUUCAUUUUUGUGUCAAUUUAACUUUAAUGGAAAGUUAUCAUCCAACAGCUGAUGCUAGCUUCAGAAAAUCAUGAUUGAGUAAAACUAACAAAAUAGAUAUGGUAAGCUUGUAACUUGGUGUAAGGUCCUUCGCUUCAAACAGCUGCUAUGGAUAUUUAAAUGGAUGAGGGAAUGUUGAAAACUCAGCUGCUGAGAGAAAGAAAUUGUUAUUCAGCAGAUGACGAAUGGUAGUAUUUAUUUGAAAACAGCGGUCAUUUUUUGCCCACCUUUAAGUCUUGCUAACAUGCCUGAAUUAUGUGAAAGGUGGUAGAGUUGAUAUCUUAAUCUAGGAUGUGAUUCCAUCCAUUCUCAUUGUAACGCAUAUAGUCAAUAACUAUUCUUUAGUGAUAUAGUGAUAAUAAUAAGCAACAUUGAGUCAUUAUUUAAAUGAGAUAUAUAAUAAUGCAGUUUUUUGUUCGUUUAGCUAUCUUAAAAUAGAAAAAUCUCAUGUUCUGCAUAUAUUGUCUGUCAUGAAACUCUUUGAAUCAAAUUCCUUGUUAUAGGUUUGUUGAUACUUCUCAUUGCAAUGUGUAAGGGUUAUAAUUUACUAUCGUAGGUGGUCAUUUGGGGGUAAUUUAUAUGUUUAUAAAUUCGUUUUAUUUGAUGGGAACUUUUGAUGUUUGGAUAUGUAUACCUUUAGAAUGACACAAGGAUGUUAAAAGUGAAUGAGAGCCCAACAAUUGGACCCUAAAAGUCAUAAAAUACCUAAUUCACCUAUUAUAAAUUUAAAAUUCUAGUUUGAUCCCAUAGGAUAGGUGUAAAUUAGAAGAAGUCAUGUAUAUAACUUUCAUUUAUAGGAUAGAGGAUAGAAAUUAGAAACUAGUUCUUGGGGUACUAUACAAAAACAUUAUUUCCAUUUAGGUCAUUCUUCUGCUUGCAUGGGAUGAUUAUUUCGUAGUAUUUUAUUAUUUAUUAUUUUUUAUAUUUCCACCCUUUUUCCAGGGAGUAAAUCUCUUUGCUUACUGAUUAGUGAUUAUUUCAUUCACUGUGGGGCUUUGGUCCUCCUUUUGAAAUUUUGGUGAGUGUUGUCCUGCUAAUUGCCCUUGCCCUGGA